CCCUCACCACCAACCAUGUCAGGCGAAGAAAUAUCCUCCGCGCCAAUAACGAUCCGACGGCAGGCGCUCUAUGGGUGCACCUACGCCGCCUUGGGCCUCGGCGCGAUCAUCCUUCCCCUCUCAUUGGUCUGGAUCGGAUACAUGUCGUUCUAUCUGAGCAUCGUCAGCUUCGCAUGGACGCUCAUCUUCAGUAUCGUCAUGCUGGUUUACAAGUAUAGAGAAGCCAGUGCCCGCUAUGCACCCCUUUUCGAAACCUCAACUACCUCCACCCACCCAAUUGAAACCCAGAUGUCCAAGACCAAUUCCGAGACUCCUCUUCAGCCAUCUUCGCCUACUCUCCGGCCUGCCAUCGUCCGCCUCCCGACCGUCAUAUCGUGCUUCGUUAUCAGCGCGUUCUGGUUCGCAGCGUUUGGGGUGCUGGUGUACACGCAGAUCAUUUUCUGGAAAUUCGAACAAUCGCAGGAUGGAUGGAAUAUGUCGCGGGCGAUGACGGUGGAAUCGGUGUUGGUGCUCAUCGAGGGUGUUCUUUUCUUGACCAUGGGUAUCUUGGGGGUGCAGGAGAGGGAGAGAGCGUCUACCGCCCCCAGUUUCGAACGACCAUAUCCCAUCCGAACUCCAAGAGAAACUGCCAUCUUGGAGUGUUUCUGGAUUUCGCUCGGACUGAGCGUAGCUCUAUUCGCUUUAUCGAUGGUUUCCCUCGGGAAGAACUCAAACUAUUUGUGCGUCGCCGGGUUUGGUCUGUCAGUUAUCGUUUUUGGAACGACAUUUGCGUUGGCGGGACGGCAGGAGAAACGGAGGUUGGCGCAGAGAGGAGUGUGGGAGGAGAGAAGGGGAGCAUCCGGGGAAGGAAAAGGCUCCAUUCCGCUCGACAAUCUCGUUCCCAAUCAAGAGGAACAGCAACCUCCCCUCGCGCUCGAGAGUGACCAAGGUGGACACCCGGUUCUAAUUACCCGACCAGUCUUGUACGCUCCUCCCAUCCUCUUCCUCAUCUGGCUUGCAGCAUUAGCUGCCAUCAUCCACCACUUGGUCCAGUGGCUCUCGGACCCUUACACCCCGGACGAGGAAUUCAACAAGCUGGGACCCGAGACAGCCGAGAUCUGCUUGUUGGUGGGUCAAAUGGCCAUAUUGUGGGUGGGAACGGUACUCGUCAAGAACGAGAGACGGGAUGUCAUGAAGGCGAUGGCAAACGCGAGAGCCACAGCUUGA